AUGGCGGGUGUCGACCAGAAAUCAUUUCUGGGGUCUUUUUCUCCAUGGAGUACCCCGAAAAGCUCCACCCCCCAAUCUGAUCGACCGGGAUCAGAUGCUCUACAGCGCUCGCAGGGGGAAGACCACACGGUCACUCAUCGACACAGGUUGAGCCUGCGUCAUUAUCCCUCGGAUUGCCCGCCACUAAAAGUGAGAUGGUUCUAUGCAGUGGAUUCACCAAAACGCAAGCCUGCCCUUCUCGAUCCCAAGAAAGCCGACCAGAAACCUCCACCCCCACCCAAGAAGUUCAUUCCCUUCUCAUUGAAAGACUCGCUGUCGAUCGAAACAACGUACCUCCGCUUAUCAGACAUUGAAGACUCCAAGGGAAGCUCCCAAGCCCAGCCCAAGUCCUCAGACCCAGUGUCAAAGAAGGUCCCCGUGAAUGAGGAUUACCUUUUUGAUGUAGAUGUGGAAGAUCGAGAGCUUGGCCCGGCUUAUUGGAUCGGCCCUAUCUACGAAGUUCGUCGUGGAACAUGGUUCUUUCAAGAUGGCUCCAACCUGAAACCCUGCGAAGAGAAUCUUGCAACCCAACUAGAAGAAGGCUAUCUGAAAUUACGCCCGUGGCGGACAGAACAGGAGGUGAAAUCAGCCGAGCUGGCCACCAAAGAUGGACAGACUCGAUCAGAGGGGGAAAUGGACCACCAUAAUUCCCAAUCUGAUAUCGGCCUACCAAGUAGUCACGAUUCAACCGAGCCAAUUACCCAAAUUCCAGGAAACGAACCCUCCUUAGGACCUACGUCUGAUUCCCAGCAGCACCGUCUCUUUGGGGCCUACAUGAAUAGGACUGUUGUCUACCAAGAUGCUUCUACAGCCUGGAUCAACACCGACGACUUUAUGUCCCGCGUCAGCACGACCGUGUACCAAAAGUUAGGCGGUGUUCCCGGCACAAAGGUCGUGCGUGGCUUGGUGGAACCCAGGCGGGCAAAAGAUGCAGUAGACCCUCGGGGCCAAGAACGAAAGCCCAUCGACAAGACAGCCAGUGGUGCCGGUUCUGGACCCUCGGUCCUGAAGCUUCCUCAGGAUAUAGGGCAAGAUUCGGCAGACAAGCAAACUGCGAGGAAUGUGAUCGAAGCUGAUCCUCUUGAAAUGCGGCCCAAGUCCACGCUGGAACGACAGAUGUCAUCUCUCGCAGGGGAACCGCAAAAUCCAGCGGAACUCGAGGAACAAGCCCGUCGACAAGAAGAACAGGAAAUGGAAGAUCUGAGAAAGGUCGAUAGUGAAGAUAGAGAGCGGGAGGUCGAUCAUCUGGUCUUGGUAACCCAUGGUAUCGGCCAGCGACUUGGAUUGCGGCUGGAAAGUAUCAACUUUAUCCAUGACGUAAAUGUCCUUCGAAAGACGCUCAAGGGGGUCUAUAAAGCUUCGCCUGACCUCCAAGCACUCAACUCGGCGUUUGGAGAUAGCGAUGGCAAUUGUCGUGUACAAGUGCUUCCUGUAUGCUGGCGCCAUCUCCUGGAUUUUCCUUAUCGUGGAGUCCGACAGAACCGGAAGGAACUUGAUCUUACGGAUGCCGACACACUCGAGGAUGAUGCAUACCCCAGCUUGGCAGAUAUCACAUUGGAAAGUGUGCCUGCCGUGCGAAAUCUUAUCUCAGACCUGGCAAUGGAUGUACUGCUUUAUCAAAGUGGAUACUGUGAGCACAUUUCCAACAUUGUGAAACAAGAGUGCAAUCGCAUUCUUCAACUCUAUAAGAAGCGCAAUCCCUCUUUCAAGGGAUCGGUCAGCCUUUGCGGCCAUUCUCUAGGGAGUGCAAUCCUAUUCGAUAUUUUAUGCCGCCAACCAAGGGGUGUUGACCGCACCCAGGAGAGCAAUGCCAGGGCAGAGGAGAGCGAGGAUGCCCCGGAUGGACGAGGUGGAGGGUCCCGUGCCUUGGAUUUUGAAUGUGAAGAGUUUUUCUGCCUGGGCUCUCCCAUCGCUCUCUUCCAAAUGCUAAAAGGGAAAACCAUUGCUGGAUAUUCCUCCUUAGACACAGGAAAUCGAAAAAGUGCUUUGGACGUGGAACUUGAUUCCACCGCAUUUGGGUCAUUCAAGGGCUCUAAACGCGACUCACGUGGUGUUGACCGGACUGACAACUCUGCGAUCGAUUCUGCACCUAAAUGUCGCGACCUUUACAACAUCUUUCAUCCAUCGGAUCCUGUGAGUUAUCGUAUCGAGCCGCUAGUCUCCCCAGCGAUGGCAAGUCUAAAGCCUCAACCCUUGCCCUCAGUGAAGAAAAGUCUGUGGACUGCAUCAGGCCAAAGCCUUUCGAUUCUCAAAGAUCGCAUGGGUCAAAGUGUGGGAUCUCUUUGGAGCAAUUUCACAUCCGGUGUCGCGAGCAGCUUGUUGAACCGCCAUCUGGGGUUGAAUGCCGAUGAAGUCCCCGCUGGUAGAUCGACUGGCAGUCAACCAGGGCACAAGCGCACCCAGUCCGGAACCCCACAGGAUUCGUCUUUGGAUUCUGAAGAGCAAUUCCAGACCUUGAUUGACCCCGACCUCGAGACACUCUACGACGGGUUUCAAAAGAGGCGCAGUACGCAGAAGAAAGACUCGACGCUUACAUCAGGAGAAGACGAUAUCAACCAUGAUGAACAGGAGCGAAAGAUGAAAUUUGAAGAUGCGAAAGUGCGAUCACUAAAUUCUAAUGGUCGCAUUGAUUAUAGUGUGCAAGAAGGGGCAUUCGACAUCUCCUUGAUUGCAAGCAUUGCUAGCCACCUCACUUAUUGGGGAGAUGAAGACGUCAAUCACUUCAUUUUAUCCCAGAUGUUGUCUAGACAAUCUCGGCAUCGGAGAAAGCGCAUUUAG